GUAAAACCAAGAAUUGUAUCAGUGGGAGUCAAUCCAAUGAGUUCUUCAGGAUUGUUAAAACCUGCAACACUUGAUGAUGUUUUUCAAAAGUUGGAAGAUCUCUGUAAACUGUUUCCACCACAAGAAAAGACUGUCAAUGUGACUUCAUUGAAGACAGGAAGAAUUCUUGCAGAGGACAUAAUAACAGAAUACGAUAUUCCAGCACAGAGAACUUCUAUUGUUGAUGGAUUUGCUAUUAUAGUCAAUCAACUCGGAACAAAGAGAGAGAUCGUUGGAUUAUCCACUGCUGUAACACCAUAUAACGCAGAGUUAAUAUCUAACGAAUGCGUUAGAAUAACCAUCGGAGGAGUGGUGCCAGAUGGUGCGGAUACUGUAGUUCCGAUUGAAAAUGUAGCUUUAUUGAAAGAAGAAAAAUGUAUCGAAGUUUUGAGAAAACCUAAAGAAGGCGACAAUAUAAGAGAAGUAGGAUCAGAAGCUAAAACUGGUGAAAUUUUGCUGAAAGAUGGUCAUCAUCUAGAUACUAUGUCAAUUACUCUUCUUCAUGCUCUUGGAAUUUCUCAAGUUGAAAUCUACAAGAAACCACGAGUAUGUGUUCUAUCAAUUGGAAGUGACCUAAACUCGAAUAAAAUGUACGGAAGCUUCAACCGCUCUCAACUACUAGAACUCUUCCAAUCUCAAGGUUUUACGGCAAUUGACGCUGGAAGUUCAACUGAGCAUAUUACUGAAGUUGAGGAAAAAAUACGAACGGCUGCAAGUUUUGCCUGUGUGCUUGUGACUGUUGGAGGAGCACAGGUGAUACGGGAAGUAGCUAAAACGUUGAAAUUCAAAUUUGAGAUUCAAGAUGUAGACUCAACUCCAGGAAACUUCACCGUUUCGACUGGAAAGAUUGAUGAAACCCCUGUAGUGCUUUCAAUUUUUCCAGAAUAUCAUGUUUCAUCUUGGAUUGGAGCAAAUCUGUUUGUUUCACCAAUUUUACGUGCAAUGGAAGGGCAAAAUUCUGAAACAAGCCAUAGGUUCAAAGCUGAACUGACACAACCUAUAUCGAAAACGUCGGAGACAAGAUUUUUGCGAGCUCGAAGCGAAGUUUCUAAGGGAAAUCUAAUUUCAACACCACUAGGCUGUGAAGAUAUCUUUGGAGCUAAUUCGAUUUUAGAAGUAAAAUCCAACACUUGUUUUUCGGCCGGAGACGUGGUUGAUCUACGCUUUGCAUGAAAAUUCACCAGUAUCAAUAUUUCCUUUUUUUUUGUUUUUACUCGGUGCUUUUAUACCUCCAUUCUGAUAUGAUCUGUAACAUGUUUCACUUUAAAAACAUCUAAUUUUCAAUGAUAUUUCAUAGAAUUCAAUUGAAAUAAAUUCAAUGUCUAC